CGGCACGAAGGACAUAACGGGUUCCUACCCACACGGCUGUCGCCGGCGCGCUGAGGCUGAGGGGAGCCCGCCGAGGAUGGAGGAGAAGCCCUCCGCCAGCAUCAAGCCCUACCUGGACAAGCUCACCCUGGGGGUCACACGGAUACUGGAGACUUCUCCAGGAGUUGCUGAGGUGACGUUUGUGGAAAAGGAGCCAGCCGAACGCCACACCAUCGUUUCAUGGGAGCAAAAAAACUCCUGUAUAUUACCAGAGGAUUUAAAGAACUUCUAUCUGAUGACUGAUGGCUUCCAAAUGACCUGGAGUGUGAAGACCGAAGAUACCCCAAUGCCCCUGGGCUCCAUGGUGAUUAAUAGUGUCUCGAAGCUGUGUCGCCUUGGGGGUUCCUCGGUGUACACUCUGCCUAAUGCACCAACUCUUGCUGACCUGGAAGAUGACACAGACGAGGAAGGUAACGGAGACAAACCAGAGAAGCCCCACUUUGAUUCUCGUAGUCUUAUCUUUGAAUUAGACCCUUGCAAUGGCAAUGGGAAAGUUUGUCUUGUUUAUAAGCAUGCUAAACCAGUUGUCUCCCCGGACACAGAGAUAUGGUUCCUUGACAGAGCUCUGUAUUGGCAUUUCCUCACCAAAACCUUCACAGCCUACUAUCGCCUGCUCAUUACCCACCUGGGUCUCCCACAGUGGCAGUACGCCUUCACCAGCUAUGGGGUCAGCCCCCAGGCCAAGCAAUGGUUUAACAUGUAUAAACCCAUAACCAUCAACACAGCUCUCCUCUCUGAAGAAGCUGACUCCUUCGUGAACAAGCUGGACCCCAAUAAGGUGUUUAAAAGCAAGAACAAAACUCCAGUGAUGAAAAAGAAACCAUCCCCCCAGCCAGCAGGCUCCCAAAAGAGUCACACGAGCAUGACCUCCUCCAAGACAUCCUCACUAGCUGGGAAUUCUUCAAGGAAGUGAGACCCCCUCCCAGAUCUGAUCCUGGACAUCAUUUGCAAUUAAGCUUCGAUGUUCUCUGGUGCAGAGUCUCAGUGGUUCAGACCAAGUUCCUUGUGCAUGAAUAGAUGUGCCCAUGGAGAACAUGUUGCAGCAUUUGUAUGAGAUACAGCCACGAUGACAAAGAGAGGAUGUAGUUUCUGGAGACUGAGAAAAAGAAGUUGAGACUGAUUUUAUUCCCUUCUUCUACUUGCGGCAUGUACUUCUCAGAGGGCAUGAAGAAGCCCUUGAUGUCACUCUAUAGGGAAGCUUUUCUUCCUCUGCAACUACAGCAGUCAAAUGAAAGCAAAUGUAAGUCACUGUUACUUUAAUAGACCCACGCUGAAAGACAGCAUAUGAAGAUAUUUCUGUCAUAUCCUUUGAAAGAAACCUGUCCUGACCUUGCAUGCUAUGGGAGCAGGCUGGAACCCCCUGAACAAAGAAAUGUCUUCUGCUUCAGACAGAUCAAACUCUGCACUUCCCUGUGCUUCUUCCAGCUUCUGAGAUUCAUGGUACAAAGGGACUUGGGGCUUCCCUGUCUCUGCAGUGGCCUAGACACUUGCUCUACAGCCCCAUUGUGCUGUAUCUUUUCUGUGUGCUGUUCUUCCUGACAAACCCAAAGGCAGCCUGAAGCUGCAAGAUCCCUCAUUGCCUCUGCUUUCUCCUCUUGUAGGAACUGAGCCAGGCGGGUCGGUGGCGUCAAGAGUCCCAGGAGGAACCCUUGGUUUUUCACUCAUUCGUUUUCAAAGUUGACCAUUCAAAUAGUCUUUCUCACUUUUCAAUUGGGCAGGAUCUGACCAGGGGCCUCUGAGAUCCUACAGCCUUAGAAGCCCCUAUGAUGUUCUCUGUACUGUAAGUUUUCCGGUUAGAACUGCACUUUAACCCAUUCAAUGCUGGUUUUCAGUUACAUCUGAUUGUUUCCAUUACUUUUCUGUGCCAUUCUGUCUUCUUAGAUGUGCUGGAAAAAUGGUCACAACCAACACAUUUUUUGCCUAAGCAGGGAAAUCAAAGUCACCGUCUUCAAAUAAGCAUUGAUUAUUUAUACAGUAUCAUCUUUUAUUUAUGAAACAGUCACGUAAUUACAUCAGAGAAACCUACCUCACAGGGAUGUUGUGAGGCUCUCAUGAGUACAUGUAUGGCCUUCAGAAAGAAGAAGCCACCCUGUAAGUGCUUAAUACUAUUUUAAUAAAGAUUUUAAUAUUUUCCUCCA